GAAACCUCACUCAGUCAACCACUCAACUCGUUAUCAUCAGAAAGCAUGGGUCAAGGUCGAAGUUCGCAAGCUCGGAUCACAAAUCAAGACAGGGCCAUACUGGACAUGAAGCUACAGCGGGAUAAACUAAAACAAUAUCAGAAAAAGAUUGAGACUGUCUUGAAAUUAGAAGAAGAAGUCGCGAAGCAAUGUCUAUUGGCCAACAACAAACCCAAGGCGUUGAUUGCCCUGAGAAAGAAGAAAUUCCAAGAAAACCUGCUAUCCAAAACCGAUCAACAGCUAGAAACCCUUCAAAAUCUUGUUUCUUCGGUCGAAUUUUCGUUGAUAGAAAAAGAUGUACUUUUCGGAUUGAACCAAGGGAAUCAAAUACUGAAAGAAAUUCACAAGGAAUUGAACAUCGAGAACGUCGAAAAACUGAUGAGUGAAACAGCCGAUUCGAUUGCUUACCAAAAUGAAAUAGGCGAAUUGUUGAUGUCCCAAAUGACGAACGAGGAAGAAGAAGAGGUCCACAAAGAACUUGAAAUCCUACAAUCGCUUAAUCAAAAAGUGACCGACCCCCAACUCGUGCCACAUGAUGAACCACCUGUGUCAUUAUCGUUACCCGACGUUCCAACAACUGCAUUGCCCGCAAAGACACAAACGGCGUCCCCUGCCGAAGAACCACCCAAUGUUGACAGUACAAGAGUUCGAGAACGUGAGGCCAUUCCUGCCUAGGCUGAGCACCACAUGCGAUUCAUUCGACCAGCCAUUAAGAUGUCCAUACCCCUCCCCCUGUUCACCAUUGUCGAAACCGAACCGAAGUCUGUCAUCCAUCUCUCGUCAAAUCAGAAUUGCUCAGAGCCUUCCCAUUCGACGCAGAUAAUCUACCUCUUUCACAAAAGCCAGUUCAACUAUCUCACAGUUCAUAUGUAUUUCUAUCAUGUGCACCUACUUUACUUUCAGCCGCAUUUCCCGACCUGUUACACGCAAAGCUGUUGUACUUUUUCUUGUUGUUUAUAUGGGAACACAUGCCAGAUGUUUUUUUUCUAGAUCUACACAUAAACAACUACCAGAAUUUUCUUUUUUUUCAACCAAACAAAGUAUCAUAAUCAAGUUGAUGUUGUCAGCUUGCUACUAUUGUGAGACAAUCUGUCCGUGUUGAUAUGUUGAAGUGGCUACUGAAGAGACACAA